AUGUUAACUGGAUCAAACUUUAAGAGAUGGAAGCAAGAUAUAGAGCUUGCUUUGGGCAUUGUUGAUAUGGACUUGGAUCUAUGUGAGGAUGAACCCGCCAGGCCCAAUGAUCAAAGUACUGCAGAUCAAAAGGCCCAUUAUGCUAGAUGGGAAAAAUCUAAUCGACUGAGCCUCAUUGCUAUGAAGAGGUCUAUUGCUGAGCAUCUGAUUAGUGGUUUGCCGGAAGAUACGAAUGCCAGACAGUUCCUUGAAGCAGUGGGAGAAAGAUAUAGAGUCUCAGAUAAGGCCGAAGCUGGGAACUUGCCGAGUGAGUUAACGAACAUGAGGUAUGAUGCUGCUAUGGGUGUUAGAGAAUUUAUACUGAAGAUGGUCCACAUUCAGUCCAAACUUAAGGCCCACGAAAUUGUUCUUUCUGAAAAUUUUAUUGUGCAUCACGCCUUAAAUGUUUUGUCAGCUGAAUUUAGCCAGAUUAAGACUGCUUAUAGUGCUCAGAAUGAGACAUGGAGUGUUAAUGCCUUGAUUCUGGUGCUACUGUUCAUGUGA